UGUAAAACAACAACAAUAUUGUUAGCAUUAGCAGUGCUACGCUGGCCAACGCAAUGGUUCCCUGAAGCGCAAAUAUACACCUGGCCCCAAAUACACACUACCGUUAUCAGGCCAGAUACUUCAAAUUCCCCCUGGACUUGAAACGCCGAUGGUGCCGGGCUCAUGAACCUGGCCAGCCUAAGCGGGGAUGCGGGCGGAAGCCAGCUCCUCUUUGCCAACUUUAACCAGGACAACACGUCCCUGGCUGUUGGUACCAAAUCAGGAUACAAGUUUUUUUCUCUGUCCUCUGUGGAGAAAUUGGAGCAGAUAUAUGAAUGUACGGACACAGAGGAUGUGUGUAUAGUGGAGCGUCUGUUCUCCAGCAGCCUGGUGGCCAUCGUCAGCCUGAAGGCCCCCAGGAAGCUCAAAGUCUGUCACUUUAAGAAGGGAACAGAAAUCUGCAACUACUCUUACUCCAACACAAUACUGGCUGUUAAACUCAACAGACAGCGGCUCAUAGUGUGUCUGGAGGAGUCACUUUACAUUCACAAUAUUCGAGACAUGAAAGUGCUGCAUACAAUCAGAGAGACUCCCCCCAAUCCUUCAGGGUUGUGUGCCCUGUCCAUUAACAACGACAAUUGUUACCUGGCAUAUCCUGGCAGUGCCAUGAUAGGAGAAGUUCAAGUGUUUGACACAGUCAACCUGCGAGCCGCAAACAUGAUUCCAGCCCACGACAGCCCAUUAGCAGCUCUUGCUUUUGAUGCCAGCGGAACUAAACUAGCCACAGCUUCAGAGAAGGGCACUGUCAUCCGUGUCUUCUCCAUCCCAGAAGGACAAAAACUCUUUGAAUUUCGACGAGGGGUCAAGAGGUGUGUGAGCAUCUGCUCCUUGGCCUUCAGCAUGGAGGGCUUGUACCUGUCAGCCUCCAGCAACACAGAGACGGUUCACAUCUUCAAACUAGAAACACAGAAGGAGAAGUAUGUGCCAGCAGAGGAGCCCACCACUUGGGGUGGGUACUUGGGCAAGGUUCUGAUGGCGUCAACCACCUAUCUGCCCUCCCAGGUCACAGAAAUGUUCACACAGGGGCGAGCCUUCGCCACCGUGCGCCUGCCCUUCUGUGGCCAUAAAAACAUCUGUGCUUUAACAAUGAUUCAGAAGAUUCCCAGGUUGCUGGUUGCAGCGGCUGAUGGCUACUUAUAUCUCUACAACUUGGAUCCACAAGAAGGAGGGGAAUGCACUCUCAUGAAGCAGCACAGGUUAGACGGCAGCGCAGAGCCGCCUAAUGAGAUCCUGGAGCAGGGGUCACAUGAUCGCCCACUUGUGGCGCAGACCUACAGUGCUUCUGUCACUAAAGGUUACUGUGACGAGCAGGGUGCCGUGGGAGGGGCGGGGCUAGACGACGACCUCAACAACUUGCGCCUGGAGGACGAGAAUGAGCAGCCGCCGCUCAUCCUGGAAACUGACUGACCAAAUGAACGGCCUCACCCAUCAAUCAGAGGGCCUCCUCUGGCGCUGCUAUAGACAAGUGACACUAGGGGGAGAGCAAGAUCAGAGAGGGAAGGUGUUUUUUUUUUUUUUUUUUUAAACACACCGAGCGCUCUAGAGCCUUUCUGUUGUUAUUUGUUGUUGUUUGUUUCUUCACAUACAUCUCCAUAUUUUAUCUUCCUCCCUCUUCCUUGUGCUCCUUUUCCCCUCGGUUUAGUCUGCGCAGGCCAAACUGACUGCUUUGCAUGUACAUGUGCCAACCGCUCAAACAAAACCCCAAUGUGAGUGUGCGUGUUGGACUAUUGAUCAAAAUAGAAAUGUAGCAGUGCUCUACUAAAGACACACACGCAGAUGCUAGCGCUGUGUAUAAAAAAACAAUUGUGUAAGUGCCUCUUUGCUCUCCUAUCAUGUUUUUUUCUUCUUCUUAAGAUCUCUGCAUUGGCUUAAUAAAAAUCUAUUUUCAUUUGUCUGAUAUCUGAGGGUGUGUGCUGUACUCUCCUUUCUGACACUUUGCUCUCUCACAUGAGCACACACACACACACACUUUUUGGGCAAGAAGCCCACAGUGUGUGUCGUCUGCUCGCAUCUGACUUUUGAUGCUUUUUGCUGGCAGAGGUUUGUGUGCGUGCGUGUGGUGUAAUUAGCUUAUGUUUAUCCUCAAUCACUUCUACCUGUUCAACAGAGGCUCCCUGGACCCGCCCACCCUUGCUUCCCUCCAAUCAUUGGUCAAAUUCCAACUUUGAUAUUAUGGCUUUUUUUGUAAAGCUACAGGCUGUGCCGUGUCAGCCUACAUGAUGUUGCCAUGAUACUGUGUCCAUACACUGAAGACAUUUUAUGACCAUUUAUUAUGCAGAGCUAAGAAACACAACAAUGUGUCUGUACAUUUCUUAUAAUCGCAGGUUAGCACUGUAAAUUGUUCUGCUUCUGACCAUUGACUCUUGGUGGACAGUGUCUUCAUUUGAUUAAUUCGCUGUUUUAGGAUGUUAAUUCCAGCGGUCCUUUUGUUGACUGAGGCCACUCAGCAAAGAUUAGCCAGGAGAUUGGGAGUGUCAGGUGUUUUCUAUUGAUUUUGUAUAAAAUGUGAAACAAUUUGAAACCACAAUAAAGAUAAAAGUCCAUGUUGA